UUUUCAGCAUGCGCGCCCACCAUGUUGUCAUACCAGUUCUCAGAAACCAACGUCGACCCAUGAGCAAUAUGCGUGAUGUGAACAUUGCCUUCGCGUGCACGGCACUCACGUACCUCCUGAUAGGUAUCUUGUUCGCCGUGUUCUUCCCCAACGCACCGUUCUGCACACAGCAGGUGUUUCUGGACAACUUCUCGUUUGACAACCUGGCUGUGUUCAACAUCCGCGUCAUGCUGGCAAUUCAGUUCAUUGCCAGAUUUCCACUGCGUGCGUAUCUGCUACGUGUUCGCACACUGCAGAAUGUGCUAGGAUUCACCCACAUCAGCCAACCUGCAAUAUUCAUCUUCAACUGCAUCACCACGUUGGCAUGGAUACUGAUUUCCCAGCAUGCUGCUAGACCAGCAGAUUUCAUCCGGUACGUGGGCGCAACGACGGGACUGGUGACGCAGAUCAUCCUACCGCUGGCCUGUCAGCUGAUGUUCCUGCGGCAGAACCUGCUGCUCUCCUACAGAACCAUGGCAGGUUACGGGUUGCUGGUACUGGCUGGUGUUGCAGUGCUAGCUGGACAGUUCACGGGGGUGUAGCAGUAUGUAUGGCAUGCAGCUCAUCUUGAACACAGUCAGGAGAGAGAGAAGGUAAUAAUACCACUGUAUAGCAACUACAAACCCCCUUUGAUUCACGAGCUGCAGAGAGUGCUCAAUGUCAUAGACAGAUACAGCAACUAUAACUGUAGUUAAUGGAACACACACACACACACACACACACACACACACACACACACACACACACACACACACAGCAUCUUCAUUUCUUUGUGGGAAUAGGCUGCGGCCGUUCCGAUUCUGUCAUCCCAGGUUGCGCAUGCCAUGCCGGGUGCACAUCCAGUCGCAGCUAGACUUGCUCUGUGCAUCUCUGCAUGCCAAUCUCUGCAUGCCAAUCUGAGCUUGAUUUCUGACACAACGUACUGACUAGUACUUGCCGACUACAGAGCGGCAUGCAAUGCUUGGCUAAGCAGUACACAGCACACACAAGAAUGUAUGCAUCAGAGACGGAACUAUGUAGUGAAGCGCUGGACGCUUCUCCUUAUAGUCCAAAAUAGGUUCUAACUAGUUCUGAGAGUCUUGAGCCAAUUUUUAUCAUUGCUUGAAGGAGUAUCUUAAAACGUUAUCACUGGUUUUGAUUCACUUUCGAAUUUCGUACAAUUCUUGAA